AUGAAGAUUCCAGGGUACAAGCUGAAGGCGGCGUUGCCGUCGCCUCCCAGGUCGUUCCUGGAAGGGCAAGAACUUUCGACGUAUUCCGCGCUUGCAAAUUUUUGCCAGCAAGGCGCGGCCGCAGCCGGUGAUUCACAGGGCCAGGCCUCCACAUCCACGAGUUCGAGCACUGCUGCAAGGUCAUCCGCAAACAACUUGUUCGCUCGUCUACAAUCUGAAAUCCUGUUCAUGAUCGAAGUCCAAACACAUGCUUCGCCACUCAACGAAGCAUGUCUGCAACUCGCAAGCUACAUGGUUAGCCGUCUGCGAUUCGACGACCUCAAGGUCAUGGAGUGUGUCGAUUCUUGGCCAGACUUUGUUGAAGGAAUACUCUGGCGCGGUCCCAGCGUCUAUGUUGUUCGAGUGUUGCUGAAGAAGCAUGGCAAGCUCAUUGCACCUGAAAUUUCCAGUUUGGCGGCGGACCCAGCCAGGGCGGUUCUGUUUCUUGUGUCGAGAGCCAUCAAAAACGCUGUUGUCCAGCAACACUGCAUGUAA